GCCCUUUUUCUGUGACAACCUGUCCCCGUCUCUAUUUUUCGGCUUUCUUAUUUCUCCUCCAAACCUUUUCUCUUCAUCUCUCUCUCUCAGAUAUGCCGAUGAAGCUUCUGUAAUCUCAAUUUCAGCUUCACCGAGAAUUUCAGACAUUCUCUACUGCGACAAAAAGCUCUAUCUAUCUGCUGGAACGGUGAUAGUUUUAAUCAUUGAAGAUCUUGCUUUGCUUGGGCAAUGCAUCGUUUGAUCUCUGAAUUUGGACUGAGGCUCUGCAGUGAGUAAAGUGUUGCUUUUACUGCUUAAUUUUGGAAUUGGAGUGAAGCCAUGGCUCAGAGUAAUUGGGAAGCAGAUAAGAUGCUUGAUGUUUACAUUCAUGAUUACUUGUUGAAAAGAAAACUUCAUAAUUCUGCAAAAGCUUUCAUGACGGAGGGGAAGGUAGCAACUGACCCUGUAGCUAUUGAUGCACCUGGUGGCUUUCUUUUUGAGUGGUGGUCUGUGUUUUGGGAUAUCUUUAUAGCAAGGACAAAUGAGAAACAUUCAGAGGCAGCUGCUGCUUAUAUAGAGACACAGCAAAUGAAAGCAAGGGAACACCAACAACACCUCCAAAUGCAGCAAUUGCAAUUAAUGCAGCAGCGCAAUGUCCAGUUACGAAGGGAUACUAAUCAUCCGCAUAUGGGUAGUCCUAUAAAUGCCAUCAAUUCUGAAGGUAUGGUGGGCCAGCCAUCUGCCAGUGUAGUAGCUAUGAAAAUAUUUGAAGAAAGAUCGAAGAACCCCCAUUCCAUGGACUCAGAGUCAUCAUCAGCUCUAAUGGAUCCUAGUAGGAUUGCCCUUUUGAAGUCAGCUACCAAUCAAGGCCAGUUGGUUCAAGGUAAUUCUGCAGCUUUGCAGCAGAUGCAAGGACGACCUCAACUAGGAACGGACAUAAAAGGAGAAGUGAACUUGGGUGCAAAUCAAAAAUCUUUACCAAUGGAUCCCACCUCCAUAUAUGGGCAAGCAAUUCUUCAGUCUAAGUCUGGGCUUGGUGGUGCAGGGUUAAAUCAAGGUGUGACUAGCCUUCCAUUAAAGGGCUGGCCCCUAACUGGAAUUGACCAGUUAAGACAGGGUAUGGGGGGGAUACAGGUGCAAAAGCCUAAUUUACCUACCCAAAAUCAGUUUCUUAUGACAUCCCAACAACAUCCGGGACUUGCACAAGCCCAAACGCAAAACAACCUUGGGAACUCUAGUUAUGGGUUUGGUGGGUUACCAAGAGGUAACUUCAACCCAAAAGAUGGUCAACCAACAAGAAAUGAUGGAUCUAUAUGCUCUCCUGUGCGAUCAAAUUCUCCAAAGGGACAUUCUGGAGUAGUGAACUACUUAUGUUGGGAUCUAAACGGCGAACUGUUGGCGACAGUGAGUGAGGAGAGUGUCAAAGUUUGGUCAUUGGGCACCGGUGACGCUAUUCACGAAUUCACUGCGAAUGGAAACCAAUUCCAUUCUUGUGUUUUUCAUCCAAGUUAUUCUGCUCUCUUGGUCAUUGGAGGAAAGGGGUCCCUGGAGUUGUGGAACAUGGUCGAGAACAAGAGCAUGACGGUCCCAGCCCAUGAGAACAUAAUUGCAGCGCUGGCCCAAUCUCCUCUCACCGGAAUGGUUGCUUCGGCUAGCCAUGACAGCUCCGUCAAGUUAUGGAAAUAAGAACCCACACAUUUUCAACAUAUAUACCCAGUUGUUGAUGAUGUGAUGAUCUUUAGGUUUCUUGGAGUAUUUACAUUAGCUGCUUAUAGUUACAUAGGCCUGAAGUUUUUUAUUAAAAAAAAAAAAAGAUUAACUGAGAGCUGAGUGAGAUAUUUCCUGGGUGGGGGAAGGGGUAGAGGGAUAUGGCCUCUAAUUUAUGAAGUUGUAAUAGUAUCAUUGAAACAAAAACUACAUUAACACCAAGGUUGACACUAUCAGGCUAUUUACCUUAGUGUCAUUCUUGGUGUUAUUGUAGCAUGGUCCUUGUUGAAAACCGCUGAACCAGACGAUGUCCUUUGGUGUAAGACUUUGUGUGUAGCUCCGAUUCAUACAUUGUGUACUUGGGGUAAUUCAUACAAUUUAUUGUGGCAUGUUGUAUUUAGCUGAGUGGUUUGUGCAUUUGGGGUGAUUCAUACUCCACACAACUCAUUGUGGCAUUUGGUAUUUGGU